ACCUAUAGAAGUGUAAAGUGAUAAAUGUGCAUUGUUCCAAGCCACUAGUGCGGUGACUGUUUACAGCAGCAACAGAAAACAAAUACAGUGGCAACUGCGCAGACCAUCGGACAGCCCUGCCUCACACCUAACCUCGUCUCUUUUGCCUAGUUCAUCAUGUAUCCAUGGACUCACCCGAAAUUCUCCCCCUUCAGUGAGUGGUUUCAGCUAAUCCCCGGGCCUGCGUCUCUUGGAUGCCCUGUGGCUUCACUGCGUCUCCUGUCGCUCACCUCAUCCCUGGGCUGCCCGAUGCCCCAGCCAGACAGCCAAGGUGUGGAUGGACAGUAGGGAGCUGGCUUCCCUCACUGGUCAGGGGUAAGUUAGAAUGUACCUGUCCGGGAGCUAGGACUGCAGAGGAGCCCACCAUGGUGGCCCUGGAAUGCCUGGCCGUCUCAAUGUUGCUGCCCAUCCUCACCCUGCUGGUGUCCCACCUCUGCAGCUCCCAGGAUAUCUCCAGUGAGCCCAGCAGUGAGCAGCAGCUGUGUGCCCCGAGGGAGCACCCCACCGUGGCCUUUGAAGAUCUGAAGCCGUGGGUCUAUAACUUCACCUACCCUGGAGCCAGAGAUUUCUCCCAGCUCGCUCUGGAUCCCCCCAGGAACCAGCUCAUCGUGGGAGCCAGGAACUACCUCUUCAGACUCAGCCUUGCCAAUGUCUCCCUCCUUCAGGCCACAGAGUGGGCCUCCAAUGAGGACACACGCCGCUCGUGCCAAAGCAAAGGGAAGACUGAGGAGGAGUGUCAGAACUACGUGCGCGUCCUGAUCGUCACUGGCCGGAAGGUGUUCAUGUGCGGGACCAACGCCUUUUCCCCAGUGUGCUCCAGCAGACAGGUGGGGAACCUCAACCGGACUAUCGAGAAGAUCAAUGGUGUGGCCCGCUGUCCCUAUGACCCGCGCCACAACUCCACAGCCGUCAUCUCCUCCCAGGGGGAGCUCUAUGCCGCCACAGUCAUCGACUUCUCGGGUCGGGAUCCUGCCAUCUACCGCAGCCUGGGCAGCGGACCACCACUCCGCACUGCCCAGUAUAACUCCAAGUGGCUCAAUGAGCCAAACUUUGUGGCAGCCUAUGACAUUGGGCUGUUCGCAUACUUCUUCCUGCGGGAGAACGCAGUGGAGCAUGACUGUGGGCGCACCGUGUACUCUCGGGUGGCCCGCGUGUGCAAGAACGAUGUGGGGGGCCGAUUCCUGCUGGAGGACACGUGGACGACGUUCAUGAAGGCCCGGCUCAACUGCUCCCGCCCGGGCGAGGUCCCCUUCUACUACAACGAGCUGCAGAGUGCCUUCCAUCUGCCUGAGCAGGACCUCAUCUACGGAGUCUUCACCACCAAUGUAAACAGCAUUGCCGCCUCUGCUGUCUGCGCCUUCAACCUCAGUGCCAUCUCCCAGGCUUUCAGUGGCCCAUUUCGCUACCAAGAGAACCCCAGGGCUGCCUGGCUCCCCAUCGCCAAUCCCAUCCCCAAUUUCCAGUGCGGCACCCUGCCCGAGACGGGCCCCAACGAGAACCUGACGGAGCGCAGCCUGCAGGACGCGCAGCGCCUGUUCCUGAUGAGCGAGGCCGUGCAGCCGGUGACGCCCGAGCCCUGUGUCACCCAGGACAGCGUGCGCUUCUCUCACCUCGUGGUGGACCUUGUGCAGGCCAAGGACACGCUCUACCACGUGCUCUACAUCGGCACGGAGUCGGGCACCAUCCUGAAGGCACUGUCCACGGCGUGCCGCAGCCUUCGCGGCUGCUACCUGGAGGAGCUGCACGUGCUGCCGCCCGGGCGCCGCGAGCCCCUGCGCAGCCUGCGCAUCCUGCACAGCGCCCGCGCGCUCUUCGUGGGGCUGAGCGACGGCGUCCUGCGCCUGCCGCUGGAGCGCUGCGCCGCGCACCGCAGCCGCGGGGCAUGCCUGGGGGCACGGGACCCGUACUGCGGCUGGGACGGGAAGCAGCAACGUUGCAGCACGCUCGAGGACAGCUCCAACAUGAGCCUCUGGACCCAGAACAUCACAGCGUGUCCUGUGCGGAACGUGACACGGGAUGGGGGCUUCGGCCCAUGGUCAUCUUGGCAACCAUGUGAGCACUUAGAUGGGGACAACUCAGGCUCUUGCCUGUGUCGGGCCCGAUCCUGUGAUUCCCCCCGACCCCGCUGUGGGGGCCUCGACUGCCUGGGGCCGGCCAUACACAUUGCUAACUGCUCCAGGAAUGGGGCAUGGACCCCGUGGUCAUCGUGGGCUCUGUGCAGCACGUCCUGUGGGAUUGGCUUCCAGGUCCGCCAGCGAAGCUGCAGCAACCCCGCUCCCCGCCACGGGGGCCGCAUCUGCGUGGGCAAGAGCCGAGAGGAGCGGUUCUGCAACGAAAACACGCCUUGCCCGGUGCCCAUCUUCUGGGCCUCCUGGGGCUCCUGGAGCAGGUGCAGCAGCAACUGUGGGGGCGGCGUGCAGUCGCGGCGGCGGGCCUGCGAGAACGGCAACUCCUGCCCGGGCUGCGGCGUGGAGUUCAAGACGUGCAACCCGGAGGGCUGCCCCGAAGUGCGGCGCAACACGCCGUGGACGCCGUCCCUGGUGGAGGAUCUCCUGCGCAGCGGGAGCGUCUCCCCGCAAAUGGAGAGCGGGGGCUGGGCCGCCUGGGGCCCAUGGUCGUCCUGCUCUCGCGACUGCGAUCUGGGCUUCCGCGUCCGCAAGAGAACGUGCACGAACCCAGAGCCCCGCAACGGGGGCCUGCCCUGUGUGGGCGACGCCGCCGAGUACCAGGACUGCAACCCCCAGGCUUGCCCAGGUGAGGACAUCUGUCUCGGGCUGCACACAGAGGAGGCACUCUGUGCUACACAAGCCUGCCCAGAAGGCUGGUCGCCGUGGUCUGAGUGGAGUGCGUGCACUGAGGAUGGAGCCCAGAGCCGCAGCCGGCACUGUGAGGAGCUCGUCCCAGGGCCCAGCGCCUGUGCCGGAAACAGCAGCCAGAGCCGCCCCUGCCCCUACAGUGAGAUUCCAGUGAUCCUGCCAGCGUCCAGCAUGGAAGAGGCCACCGGCUGCGGAGGGUUCAGUCUCAUCCACCUGGUGGCCACCGGUGUCUCAUGCUUCCUAGGCUCUGGACUCCUGACCUUGGCAGUGUAUCUGUCUUGCCAGCACUGCCAGCGCCAGUCCCAAGAGUCCACGUUGGUCCAUCCCGCCACCCCCAACCACCUGCACUACAAGAGUGGAGGCACGCCCAAGAACGAGAAGUACACACCCAUGGAGUUCAAGACGCUGAACAAGAAUAACCUGAUCCCCGAUGACAGAGCCAACUUCUACCCACUGCAGCAGACCAAUGUGUACACAACCACCUAUUACCCAAGCCCCCUGAACAAACACAGCUUCCGGCCCGAGGCCUCACCUGGACAACGGUGCUUCCCCAACAGCUGAUACCACCAUCCUGGGGACUCGAGCUCCUUGCCUUCCUAAGGCACAGAGCAGGUGGAGAUGGGACAGUGGAGCCAGUUUGGUUUUCUCCCUCUAGGCCAAUAAUUUGCUGCCUUGUCUGUGGGGGUCCCAUCCUGCUUCAGAGAGCCUUGUGUGGCAUUGACCAUGGGGGAGAGGGCUGGCUUCAGGCUGACACAUGGCUGCAGGUCCAGUUCAACCCAGGUCUCUCAUGGCUGCCUUGUGACCCACCAUGACACUGACCAUCCCCUGCCAUGUCUGGGCUGCAGACCUACUGGGCAUGUGAGGAACUGGAGAGUGGAGGUGGCAGGAGGGCAGGUUCUUAGUUUGGGUUGGAAGUAACUUCUUGUGGCCAUCGUUAGCCAAUGCUGGCCCUCUGGCUGGUCCCAAGAAAACCUGGGGCUACAUCCUGAUUAUCUCCAAAAGGAACUAAACAAAUGGCCCCAGUAGCUGUGGAUUCUCUGCCCAGGGCUGGGCCAUUGUGGUGCUGCCCCAGUGUGACAGGGUACCAGGGCCAGGCCAGGUUGUCCACCUCUGCCUAGCAGUCUGUGCUUCACCCAGGGCCAUCCCUCUGGGCAGAGGCAGUGAGGGCUGGGGACUGGAGGCUGAUCUUCGCUGAGAAGCCCUUUCAUCUGGGCUGGCAUAAGCCUCAGCCUUGCCCUCGAUUCAUGAUAGUGGCCAUGAGAAAGGGAGGCUACAGACCAUGGGAAGCAGGAGUCUGGCCUCCGAGCCUCUCUGGAAACUCUUGUAGUUGCUGCUCAACAAAGUCGUUGGCCGAGACCUGCUUGGGAGUCUGAGCUGGCCCCUCAUCUGUUCAGGAACACACACACACACACACACACACACACACACACACACACACACACUCUCAACAUCUGCUACAGCAACAGAAAAGAUGUUGGCCUAUGGCAUUAUUAAUUAAAGAUGAUAUCCAGUCUCCAGUG